AUGCAAUUGCAUAUCAACAUACUUCUUAUUGAAGCUUUGGAGCAAAUGCCUCAAUAUGCUAAAUUCUUGAAGGAAAUGUUGAGUAAGAAGAGGUGGUUGAGUGAAUGUGAAACAGUUGCACUUACUGAAGAGUGUAGUGCUAUUCUCUUGAACAAAUUACCUCCAAAAUGCCAUGAUCCAGGUAGUUUCUCAAUUCCUUGUGUGAUUGGAGAUAAAUUUCAAGGUAGGGCAUUAUGUGAUUUAGGCUUAAGUAUCAACUUGAUGCCACUUUCUGUGUUUGGAAAAUUGCAACUUGGUGAAGUUAGUCCCACUUCAGUAACUCUUCAAUUAGCUUAUAGAAGUUUGGCAUUUUCUAAAGGUAAAAUUGAGGAUGUAUUAGUCAAGGUUUAUAAAUUUAUUUUUCCUGUUGAUUUCAUUGUCUUAGAUUAUGAUGAAGAUAGAAAUCUCUUACUCAUUGUGGGUAGACCAUUUUUAGUUACAACACGAGCUCUUAUUAAUGUUGAGAGAGGAGAGAUCAAGCUUAGAGUAAAUAAUGAAGAAGUAGGCUUUAGCAUGUAUAAAGCAACGAAGUAUCCUGGGGAAUCUGAAAUUUGUUCUAAAGUGGAGAUUCUAGAUGAAGUAGUUCAAGAGACUCUAGAGUCCUUUGUUGUGAAAGACUCAUUACAUGUUGUAUUAUUAGGAGAUAAUAUGGUUGACAAUGAUGAUAUUAUUGAAUGCAAGAAAUUACUUAAAGCAACUCCUUAA